GCGAAGGAUGCUGGGCCAAAACAACGCAAAGCGGCUGGAGGUUGAGAAUCACGAUGGAAACCUCAACCAUCCAACGUGAAAACGCUCAAAAAUCGCCUACAAGAUCAUCAAAACACCUUCUAAGAUGUAACCAUGUAUAAUCUUUGGCCAAUGUUUAGUAGAAAGCUGCAGGAUUUAGUGGGAUAAUCGUUCCAGAAGAGGGAAAACAAAGCUACAAUGUUAGAGUUUACUUGUUGUUGGGACCUCACAACACGCGCCAUGGAGAGAGUUGUAAAAAAAUAACUGUCAUUUGUAAAACUUUCAUGAAGACAAUCUUGGAACAAUGCGCAAGGGAGAUUAAAGUCCUAUGAAUAAAUACGAAGUGUUGGGAAUUGUAGGCGAAGGUGCCUAUGGUGUUGUUAUGAAAUGUCGGCACAAGGAAAAUAACGAAGUUGUUGCCAUUAAAAAAUUCAAGGAUAGCGAAGACAAUGAGGAUGUCAAAAGAACCACUUUACGUGAACUGAAGGUGCUUCGCAUGCUGAAGCAAGAAAAUAUUGUUGAGCUAAGGGAAGCUUUCCGUAGGAGAGGAAAACUGUAUUUGGUGUUUGAGUAUGUUGAAAAGAAUAUGCUUGAGUUGCUUGAAGAGAUGCCUAAUGGAGUCCCUGCUCAUAGAGUCAGGAAUUACAUUUUCCAGUUGAUUAAGGCCAUUAAGUGGUGCCAUCAGAAUGAUGUAAUACAUAGAGAUAUAAAACCUGAAAAUCUCCUCAUCAGUAAGACGGACAUCCUCAAACUCUGUGACUUUGGCUUUGCAAGAGCAAUGACAGUCAACAGCAGUGCUCAACUAACAGACUAUGUAGCAACAAGAUGGUACAGGUCAACAGAGUUAUUACUUGGUGCCCCAUAUGGAAAACCAGUGGACAUCUGGGCCAUUGGUUGUAUUCUAGGGGAACUUAGCGAUGGACAGCCAGUAUUCCCUGGAGAGAGUGAAAUAGACCAACUGUUUACCAUUCAAAAGGUCCUUGGCCCGUUGCCCCCAGAGCAGAUGAACAUGUUUCAUUCAAACCCAAGAUUUUCAGGCCUCAAGUUUCCUGCAGUUUCCUACCCCCAGACCUUAUCACGAAAAUAUAUGGGCAUCAUUAAUGGACAGAUGCUCAACUUCAUGCAGAAAACUUUGCAACUAGAUCCCAAGUUAAGGUGUACUAUCGAAGACUGUUACCACCACCCUGCGUUCCAAACUGAACGUGACUCCCAUGAGGCCAAGCUGAAAGAAAACCCGCAUUUAGCCACACCAGUAAGAAGCGAAUCUCAUAGUAAGUCAAAGGCAACCAUAAAGGCUUCCAAGCACAGGGAGAGUUUGCAAGGAGAGCCUAGCUACCUCUACUCCAAGCCCUCACAUGAGGUGAAACCUAGAGAGUCCACUGAUCACAAUGAUGCUACAAAUGCUAGUGUUAGUGACCAAGACAUGAGAACGCAAAUCCUUCGACAGGACCUAGGGAAUGUUCAGAGAACCUCAGAGACUAACAUAAGAAAUAGUGAGAAUGACCACAAUGCUUCUAAUAUUGAUUCACCCGUAGAGGGAAGGGACACCCCUGAGAGGUCCCAUAAUAAAGAAGACAAUAGCAAAGGAAUUAAGAUAUCAAUGCUAUCAGAUAGUACAGGGUAUAGGUCAAAAGGGGUAGAGACACAGAAUGAGAAAGUCAUGGACUCUAGAGGUGACAGGCAAGAUGUUGACGACGAUGGGUGUCACAGGAACAAGGCAGGGCCCCUUGCCCAUAGCCAUGUGACAGCUGCAAACUACAGCUUCUUCCCAGUUGCUGGACAACCAGGAGGACAACAAGGGGGAGAAACAGUGAGCUGGAGCACACCCAAGGGCUCAUCGAGCACUUCAUCAGCAGUGGCGGAGGAGAUCCGUAAAGCCAAGUCAGUCAUCAUGAACAAGAAGAAGGACAGGGAUGGCUCCGCCUCCUUCAAGCUCAGGACACAGCAACAGCUACUUGUUAGAAACGAGCAGGGUCUUGAUCAGCCACCCGUCAAACACAAAGAAUCCAAGGGGGGCUUCAUAUCUUUUGACAGACGAAGCAAGCCUAAUAAUUAUCUCGACACAAAUGCUGGUAGCAGCGCCGCGCAGCCCAACUUCUCGAUGCACUUUAACAUGGCGGCCUUGGACAGGCGUGGCUCAUCCACAGACGUGACGUCAUCAACCCCAGCAGACUCGGCCCAGGCUCCAGGGCUCACCACCUACCCUCCCCCUACAGGGCAUCACGUAAAGGCCAGGUCGCUUGACACGCAGUGGAAACAAGAAGCGGCCGCCAGCGAAGAGAUCCAGCCACGAGGAGCGCACGAGAGAAAAGAGAAGAAGAAGAAGAAAAAGAAACUUCAACAGCAGGCCUACAACGUAUCACUAGGCGGUCAGUGGAAGACGGCUCAACACAGAACCGACUCUACGAGCGACCACAACAAAAUGGACCGAGUGAGGGCAUCCGUGGACAUCCAGCAACCUCUUGACUACCGACCACCCAAACAAAUCGGGCGCCUCGGCGUGACUGGCGAUAAGAACCAGGAAAAGGGUGGAUCGUCUCAAACUGGCCAGACCCAUAAGUCUCUUGGCGAAGUUCGUUUGCAGCCGCUACAACACAAGGGCUUCUACCCUAGUAUUCCACAGCCCAGGUCCCGCUCGCCUGACCUCUACCACAGUAAUCCCCAGCGAUUGGGGAAUCCCUUUCAGGGACAUGCGCACAAGCACUCCGGCUCUGAGCCAGUCAAUCCGAGCGCUUACUUCCCUGAGCGCGCGUUGAGCCCUGGGAAUGAGUAUUUAGCGCCUCUUCCUAAGAAGUCCUCCCGACCACCUUCCGAAGAAAUUCCGAACGAAGAUCGGGAAUUCCGAAGUCACGGUCAUUUAAGGCCGUUAGGAAAAGAACAUUCUGGUAAAGGGCCUCCUAACCUCAAUGAUCUGAAGGAGACUCCUUUAUAAUACGAAUAAUUGUGUUAGAUAUAGUUAUCUUUUAUGCUGCACUUUCAGCAUUUAUUUCAGAAUUUUUAACUGAAAUUUUUAAAAUUUACACAUGUAUAUAGCUCUUCUUGUAUAUUAUUUCUAAUAUCUUAUACAAUGUAUUCUUACGCCUUUGUGAAAUUAUUGACAUAUUUGUUAUAUAUAUAAGAACGAGACCACACGCAGUAUCUAUCGCGGUACUCUAUCGCAUUAUUCGCAUAAGGCAUUUUAGUACUCGUUGCGCUAGGGUCGCCUUUUCACUGCCCAAAGCGCGAGAGGAAAGCCAUCAGUGUCGUGGUUGUAAACAAUGUAACAACUCUGCAAAUCUCUUCGUUACAAAAUGUCAAAUUAUAAAAGAGGACCGACCGAAUAAAAAAUGAAAACAGC